AUGAGUAUUAGUUUAAGAGGUAUUCAGAAUGCGCUUGAGAACAAACUAGGAGAGUUAGAUAAAUUAAAAUCACAUGAUUGUAACUUCGAAUUUGAUAUAAUUUUGGACAAAGAAGAAAAGGGUGCAAUAAAAGAGGGAGUGAAUAUUACAAACGAACCUAAAUGGGAUAUUGAGGUUCAAAACUUGAAAAAUGAUAUUCGCUGCCUUUUUGAUUCAUUUGAAAAAGAAAUAGAUUUACUUGAUAAUGAUGGAGUGAACACCGAUAGGUAUAAUGCACUUCUUCAAAAUUUGAAGCACGACUAUAUUAAUAUUUGCAAGUAUAUUGAUUCUAGAAAAAAAAAAUUUAAACUUUUUGGGAAAUCAAAUACAUCACCUGGAAAAAAGUAUCAGAAGUUAUAUAUAGAUAAAAACUCAGAAUCUUUAGAUAGAUUUCAACUCUAUAGAGAAAAAAAUGCACUUAAGGAUUCAGUUUCAAACAUUAAUUCAAUAAUAGAUCAAGCAUUGAAUACGACCCAAUCAUUAAGUACUCAGAAGCAGACACUAAAACUCAUUUUUGAAAAGACACGCACAAUGAAAAAAAAAUCUAUAAAUAAUAUACAGAGCGUCAUCAAUUCAAUUAUUAACUUACAAAGGAGGCAAAAUUUGGUGGUUGUAAUCGUACUCAUAUUAUUUAUUAUCAUUAUAAUAUAUUUUAAGAAAUAG